CAACUAUCUAUAUUAUUGUCAAUUUUUGUGUCAAAAUGACAUUUUAAAAAAAGAAAUGAGCUAUACCCAUAAUAGAAAAAUAAAAUAAUAUCAAAGUCAACAUUGUGGAAAAUACAGCAAACUAAUUCACAAGAAACAAAUACCGAAGACUUGUUGCUUUGAAUCAAGGGUCAAUGGGUUCAACAUAAUAAUAUGUGGUGUGAGAUACUUGUCUCAAGUCUUGUUGCUUCUGUUUGUUUUAGUUGUAGUAAUCGAAAUUCAGGGAUCAAAUCACCUCUUUCUCACGUUGUUGUGUUGGAGAUUGAAGCACCCCAUAAAAGAAGUACCGAACUUGUGAUAAGAGUCCACAAAACAAGGCUAAGUAAUUUGCACUAAAGUAAUGGAAUACCUUUAUGGAUUUGCGUCUUCUAUUUCAAGAGAUUUGGUGUGCGGCGUGAUAGGUCAGUUAAGUUAUCCCUGCUGCUUCAACAAUUUUGUUAAAGACCUUGCAAAAGAAGAAGGUAAUUUGGCUGCAACAAGAGCUAGUGUCCAAGACCGUGUUACACGAGCCAAGAAGCAAACUAGAAACACUGCUGAGGUUGUUGAUAAGUGGUUGAAGGAUGCUAACAUUGUCAUGGACAAUGUUGAUCAGUUACUACAAAUGGCAAAAACAGAAAAGAACUCUUGUCUCGGGAACUGUCCAAAUUGGAUUUGGCGAUACCGUGUAGGCAGGAAGUUAGCAAAGAAAAAAAGGGACCUUACAUUGUGCAUUAAAGAAGGUAGACAAUAUAUACAGAUUGAACACCCUGCUGCACUUUCAAGCAAUUUUUCUUCUGAUAAAUGUUGGGAGUUUGAUAGUAGAAAACCUGCAUAUGAGGAACUUAUGUGUGCUUUGGAAGAUGAUGAGGUUAUUAUGAUUGGAUUGUAUGGGAUGGGGGGUUGUGGUAAAACAAUGCUUGCAAAAGAAGUAGGUAAGAGAGCUGGUCAUCUUUUUGAUCAAGUGCUUUUUGUGCCUAUAUCUAGUACUGUAGAAGUGGAAAGGAUCCAAGAAAAAAUUGCAGGCUCUCUUGAAUUUGAAUUCCAAGAAAAAGACGAGAUGGACAGAUCACAACGCUUAUGCAUGAGGUUAUCACAAGAAGAAAGGGUUCUUGUGAUUCUGGAUGAUGUGUGGCAAAUGCUAGAUUUUGAUGCCAUAGGGAUUCCUUCUAGUGAGCAUCAUAGAGGUUGCAAAGUUCUCAUUACCAGUAGAUCAGAAGCAGUUUGUACUUUGAUGGAUUGCCAGAAAAAAAUUCACCUGUCAACAUUAACCAACGAAGAAACGUGGGAUCUUUUCCAAAAGCAAGCACUCAUAUCUGAAGGCACUUGGAUUACUGUAAAGAAUUUGGGUAAAGAAAUUUCAAAUGAAUGUAAAGGCUUGCCUGUCGCCAUUGUAGCAGUGGCUAGCAGCUUAAAAGGCAAGGCGGAGGUAGAAUGGAAGGUUGCAUUGGAUAGAUUGAGAAGUUCAAAACCUGUUAAUAUUGAAAAAGGUUUGCAAAACCCGUACAAGUGCUUGCAGUUAAGCUAUGAUAAUUUGGACACCGAAGAGGCCAAGUCACUUUUCUUGUUGUGUUCUGUGUUUCCUGAAGAUUGUGAAAUUCCUGUUGAGUUUUUAACUAGGUCUGCAAUAGGGCUAGGCAUUGUUGGAGAAGUUCGCUCAUAUGAAGGGGCAAGGGAUGAAGUGAGUGCGGCUAAAAAUAAGCUCAUAAGUUCUUGUUUGUUGCUGGAUGUUGAUGAAGGAAAAUGUGUCAAAAUGCAUGACUUAGUUCGCAAUGUAGCCCAUUGGAUUGCGGAGAAGGCGAUUAAGUGUACCUCAGAAAAGGAUAUGACUUUGGAACAUACUUCAUUAAGAUAUCUAUGGUGUGAGAAAUUUCCAAAUAGUUUGGAUUGUUCCAAUCUUGACUUUCUACACAUUCACACAUAUACACAAGUAUCAGAUGAAAUUUUCAAAGGAAUGAGAAUGCUCAGAGUUUUGUUUCUUUACAACAAGGGUCGGGAGAGAAGGCCAUUGUUGACUACAUCAUUAAAAUUAUUGAUGAAUCUUCGUUGCAUAGUCCUGAGUAAAUGGGAUUUAGUUGACAUCUUAUUUGUGGGAGACAUGAAGAAACUUGAAAGUCUUACAUUGUGUGAUUGUUCAUUCCUUGAAUUACCUGAUGUGAUUACACAACUGACAAACUUGAGAUUGUUGGAUUUGUCAGAAUGUGACAUGAAAAUGAAUCCGUUUGAAGUAAUUGGGAAACACCCACAGCUAGAAGAACUGUACUUUGCUGAUCGUAGAUCGAAAUGGGAACUUGAAUUCUUAAAAAAGUUUAGUGUCCCACAAGUGUUACAAAGGUAUCAAAUACAGUUAGGAAGUAUGUUUGCCGGUUUCCAGCAAGAGUUUCUCAAUCAUCGCAGAACUUUGUUUCUCAGUUAUUUGGAUACAUCUAAUGCUGCGAUUAAGGAUUUGGCCAAAAAAGCAGAGGUCUUGUGUGUAGCAUGUAUCGAGGGAGGUGCUAAAAAUAUUAUCCCUGACAUAUUUCAAAUAGAAGGAGGAAGUAUGAAUCAUUUAACUGAGCUUUUGAUACGUGAUUCUAAGGGGAUAGAGUGUUUGGUUGACACUUGUCUGAUCAACGUAGGAACUCUCUUCUGCAAGUUGCAUUGGCUAAGGAUUGAGCACAUGGAGCAUUUGGGAGCUUUAUACAAUGGUCGAAGAAUGCCUCUUGGUGGUCAUUUUGAGAAUUUAGAAGACCUAUAUAUAAGUAAUUGUCCAAAGCUAACAUGUCUCUUCACACUUGCAGUUGCUCAAAAUCUGGCACAACUGGAGAAGUUAGAAGUAUUAUCUUGUCCUGCACUGAAACAUAUACUAAUUGAUGAUGAUGAUGAUGAUAGUGAGGAGAUAAGUGCAUAUGAUCACAGACUUCUGUUUCCAAAAUUAAAAAAGCUUCAUGUUAGAGAGUGUGGUAUGCUGGAAUACAUAAUCCCAAUCACUUUAGCUCAAGGCCUUGUACAAUUGGAGAGUAUAGAAAUCGUAUGUAAUCAUAAGUUGAAAUACAUAUUUGGCCAAAGCACACACAAAGAUGGUCAGAAUCAAAAUGAACUCAAGAUCGAGCUUUUGGCCCUGGAAGAGCUUACUCUUGUUCUCUUGCCAAAUAUCAAUAGCAUUUGUCUAGAAGAUUGUUAUCUCAUGUGGCCAUCCUUGUGUCAAUUCAAUUUGCAAAAUUGUGGAGAGUUUUUCAUGGUGUCUAUCAAUACUUGCAUGGCUUUACACAACAAUCAGAUAAUCAAUGAAGCUUCACGUCAAAUUGUGCAAAAUAUAAAAGAAGUUCGAGUCAAUAACUGUGAGUUAGAAGGCAUCUUUCAGCUAGCAGGACUAUCCAUUGAUGGAGAAAAAAAUCCACUGACAUCAUGUUUGGAAAUGUUGUAUUUGGAGAAUCUACCUCAGCUCAGGUAUGUAUGUAAGAGUGAUGUAGUAGAAUCAACGAACCUCCAAUUCCAAAAUCUUCAACAAAUGGAGAUAUGUGGGUGUAGAAGGUUAAAAUUUAUCUUCUCAUCCUGUAUGGCAGGAGGGUUACCUCAAUUGAAAGCGCUAAAGAUAGAAAAGUGCAAUCAGCUAGAUCAAAUCGUUGAGGAUAUUGGCACUGAAGUUCCCUUAGGAUCAUUUGGUUUUCCCAGCCUUAUAAGGUUAACACUAAUAUCAUGUCCGAUGCUGGGUUCAUUGUUUACAGCAUCUACUGCUAAAACCUUGACUUCACUGGAAGAAUUGACAAUACAUGAUUGCCAUGGUUUAAAGCAAUUACUGACUUAUGGAAGAGCUCAGAAAAAUACAAGGGGAGAAAUAGAUCAGGAUGAUCAUGACUUUCAGAGUUGUACGACAAUGUUCCAAAGUUUGAAAAAGAUUAGUAUUAUGAGAUGUCAUUUGCUGAAGUAUAUAUUACCCGUUUCAUUUGCGAGAGGACUGGUGAAAUUGGAAGCUAUAGAAAUCACAGAGACUCCCGAGCUGAGAUAUGUAUUUGGUCAAAACAGUCAUGCUUCCCAUCAAUAUCUAAACAAGUUCCAAAUUGAGCUUCCUGUUUUGGAAAAAGUUGCACUCUAUGAUAUACCAAAUAUGAUUGCCAUUUAUCCAGAAAACUAUCAUGCAACAUGCUCAUCUUGGCAACUUCUUGUCAUGAACGAUGUUGGUCUAUCAAUGAAUAAUUUGAUGGUUGAUUUUGGAGCCACAGACUCAGAUCUUAGUUCUAAAACAGAUGAAUGGGAAACAAUUAUGAGUAUUGAGAAGAAGUUAGUAUCUGUUAUUAUUGAGAAUGGAUCCAAAAUUGAAGGCGUUUUUCAAAUCAAUGGAUUCCCAAUCAAUGGACAACAAGUGGUGUCCUGGUUAGAAGACCUUAAAUUGGUCAAUUUGGCAGAGCUAAUGUACAUAUGGAUGGGUACUAAACAUUUUGCAAGCCUUCAGCAUCUUCAGAAAAUACACAUCUGCAAUUGUCCAAAACUAAAGUCUAUCUUCUCCAUCUCUGUCUUGAGAGUCCUACCCCUGUUGAAGAUUCUUGUGGUAGAACAGUGUGAGGAAUUAGAGCAAAUCAUUGAAGAUGAUGAAGAAAAUGAAAAUGUCCUGAAUUCUAAAGUGUGCUUCUCACAGCUAAAGUUUCUUCUUGUCACACACUGCAACAAAUUGAAGCAUUUGUUUUAUAUCCCCACAUCCCAUGAGUUUCCAGAACUGGAGUAUCUGUCUCUCAAUCAAAAUUCUAGUCUAGUUCAAGUGUUUAAAGUUGGUCCUGGUGUGAGUGAAGGUAGAAUGGAAGCUUUGCUUCCAAAACUCAAACAUAUAAUGCUAAUGCAGCUGCCAAACCUCAAUAAUAUGUGUCAAGGGGUUGAGUUUCACACUCUGACCAAUCUUUUGGUACACAAUUGCCCAAAAAUCUCACUAACUUCAGCGACUACUGUUGAGGACAUGCUAAAAAUCUAUCAUCGUGACAAGGAAUUUGGUUUCUAUCUCUGUCCACACUUACACGACAUAAGUUGUACAACAACAAAUGGCCAAGAGUUCAUUACAUCAAAGAACAAAAACAAAGGGAUACAAGAUUUACAAUCAAAGGAGCAGAAACUGUCAUCCAUUCCUUUACCAAACUUGACAGAGGAGUUGGUUAAAGGACAAUCCACGGAUGAACCAUGUUUGAUGAGCCAACAAAAUCCACUUGAAGAAUCUAGAGUUAAGAUGAUUACUGAAGAGGGAACCGCAUCAAAGAAUGUGGAGAUGGUAGCUUCGCCAAUUCAUUCCGAUUCUGAUAGCUCACAGUCAGACCCAUUAGUUACAUCUCAACGUAGACCACAUCCACAUUGUGAAAUCAGCUUCAGCCAAACUGAGACUUACACUAAUGAAGAAAACAAAGACCAUCCUAUAAAUACAGUAGACUUGGGGGCCAGUGAUCUCAUCAGUUUAUUUCAACCUGUCGAAGAAGAUGAUGAAGGCCAAAUAACCACACCUUGUGUUUCUGAAGUGACUGAACAACAUCAUUCAACCAAAGAUAACUUAGUUGUGAAGGCACUUUCUGACCUGGAAGAGUGUUUGAAAAUGCCUCUGAAGGACAUAGCUAGCUCAGAGGCUAACAGCCUUCGCCUUCUAACAGCUCUUAACUUCUUGUCCCACCUUUCUUUAAAAGAUGCAGCUCUAUCAGAUGGACUCCAAGCUAUAAUAGACACUAUGCACAGAGAAUUCCCAAGCAUCCUAUGCUCCUUCAAACAAGGAUUUACCAUAGACAAAUUUGUUGUGAUUGAAGCUCAUCAUGAUGAGGCAGCCAUUAGUCUUGCUUCCAAAAUUUCCAAAGCAGAUAGUUUUUUGGAUGAAGCUCAACAGAGGGAAGCAACUUUGAAGGAACAUAUCAUUCAAUUGAAGAAAGAAAUAAAAAAUCUUGAGGCUGAACUAUCUUAUCUUGAUGAGAAAAAGGACAAAUGCAUUCAAGAAACUAUAGGGUACAAAAUGGAGUUGGAGAAUGUGAGGAAAGACAAGUAUCAAAUUGUGGAAGAUCAGAUAAAAGCUCGGCAAGAAAUAUUUGAAGUCGAUUAUAAAUGGUCUGCUUUAAGUAGUCAGUUUCGGUACAACUACAUUGUUGAAAGAAAUCCUUCUUGAGGACUUUUCUUAUUUAUUGCUUUUUAACUGACCAAAAUUUGUUACGCUAUAGAAGCUAAAUGAAUGUCAUUUGUUUCAAUAAAUUGGAAAAAUUCAAUA